AUGGCAGCAAUGUUCAUCACCAGAAAUGCAAUCUUCCGCUUCUCUAAGUCUUUUCCUAACGUCCCUUCACUCUCCCUUCCUAAACCUUCCAGAGUAUUCGUCGCUUCUGCUUCCAACCAAUCUGACUGGAGAAAUGCAGCAGAUGGAAAGAGACAUACUUCAAUGGAUUGGGCUUAUAAUUCAACCUCAAAGGCAAGACAGGAUGCAGAUGAAAUAGCCGACAGAGAAAGAAAAACGUUAAACGGCGAUGUAGAUUCAGAGGACGUGAAACAAUACGUGCGUGAUGCGAAAGAGAGGACAAGGGAGGCUGCAAAUAGGGCUGCAGAGAAUGCUGAUUGUGCUGGAGAGAAAGCUAAAGAGAAGACCAAGGAUGCUGCAAACAGGGCUGCAGAGAAUGUUGGAAGUGCUGGAGAGAAAGCAAAAGACUAUGCUUAUGAUGCAAAAGAGAGGACAAAGGAUGCAGCAGAGAGUGCUGGAGAGAAGGUUAAAGAUUAUGCUUAUGAUGCUAAGGAAAGAACCAAGGAAGCAGCGCAGAAUGCUGGAGAGACUGCUAAAGAUUAUGCUUAUGGUGCAAAAGAGAGAACCAAGGAAGCAGCAGAGAGUGCUGGAGAGACUGCUAGAGAUUAUGCUUAUGAUGCAACGGAUAAAACCAAAGAAGCAGUGGGUACUGUGGCGGAUAAGACGAAGGAAGGGGCUAAGAAAACGGCGGAGAUGACAAAGGAAGGGGCUGAGAAAACGGCGGAGACGACGGGAGAGGUUGCUGGGGCGGCGACGGAGGCUUUGAAGAGUGCAGGAGAGAUGGCGAAGCGGACAGCGCAAGGGGCGUGGGAGACGGCUAAGGAUGCGACACAGAAGAUUAAGGAGACGGUUGUUGGGAAGGAUGAUGACGAUGAUAAUGAUCGUGGUGGUGGUGUUGGUGCUGUUGUUCAUGAUGAAUAUGAUCUUGAAUUGAAGAGGAAGGGUUAUGGUGAGAAUAACAGUUAUGAUAAGAGGAAGGGUUAUGGUGAGAAUAAAGGUUAUGAUAAGAGUAGGGGUUAUUGA